CCCGCCCGGCUGUGGCGAGGGCGCGCAGGCCGCGUAGCCGGCGCUUUCAUGCCCCAGCAAGGGGCUGUGUCUGGGUGGCACUGAAGGUGGAGCAGGCGGCAGGAAAUACAAUAGCAGCCAUGAUAGAAGACAAAGGGCCAAGAGUGACUGACUACUUUGUUGUGGCAGGUCUCACUGACACAUCUACUCUUUUGGAUCAAGAAAUAAAUCGUUUAGAUACUAAGUCAACUGGGCCUAAAGCUCCAAUUACAGACAUUGCAGUUAUUAACAAAUCUGCUGGGGAGACAGUACCUGAAGGUUACACCUGUGUUGAAGCCACUCCAUCAGCUCUCCAAGCAAAUUUGAACUAUGGAAGUCUGAAAAGCCCCGAACUUUUCCUCUGUUAUAAGAGAGCAAGAGACAAACCACCCCUUACCGACAUUGGAGUUUUAUAUGAAGGUAAAGAAAGGCUUAUUCCAGGAUGCGAAGUGAUCCAAGCCACACCCUAUGGUCGCUGUGCCAAUGUCAACAAUAGUUCAACUACUUCACAAAGAAUCUUUAUCACUUAUCGAAGAGCUCCUCUAAUUCGACCCCAGAAUUCGUUGGCUGUAACUGAUAUCUGUGUUAUUGUAACCAGUAAAGGAGAAACCCCUCCUCAUACUUUCUGCAAGGUUGACAAAAACUUAAAUUGUGGAAUGUGGGGUUCCAGUGUAUUUCUGUGUUAUAAGAAGUCUGUGCCUGCUUCUAAUGCAAUAGCAUACAAAGCUGGUUUAAUUUUUAGAUAUCCAGAAGAUGACUAUGAGUCAUUUCCACUCUCAGAAUCUGUACCUCUCUUCUGCCUUCCAAUGGGAGCUACUAUUGAAUGUUGGGAUCCUCAAACCAAAUAUCCACUUCCAGUUUUUUCAACUUUUGUUCUGACAGGUUCUUCUGCUGAAAAGGUAUAUGGAGCUGCCAUCCAGUUUUAUGAACCUUAUUCUCGGGAACUUCUGACAGAGAAACAGCUUAUGCAGCUGGGCCUCUUGACUCCCGUGGAGAGAAAAGUAGUCUCCAAAUCCAUCAAUUCAAACAAAUGCAUUUGUUUACUCUCACACUGGCCUUUUUUUGAAGCUUUUAGAAAAUUUCUCAUGUUUAUCUACAAACUUUCUGUGUCUGGACCACAUCCUCUUCCCAUUGAAAAGCAUAUUUCACACUUUAUGCAAAACAUCCCUUUUCCUUCAGCACAAAGACCAAGAAUCCUUGUACAGCUUUCAGUCCAUGAUGCAUUAAUAUUAUCACAGCCAGUUUCUACACCUUUACCAUUAAGUGGAGCCAACUUUAGCACCUUGUUAAUGAAUCUGGGUCCUGAGAAUUGUGCAACACUGCUGCUCUUUGUUUUACUUGAGAGUAAGAUUCUGCUACAUUCUCUUAGGCCAGCUGUGUUGACUGGAGUAGCUGAAGCUGUUGUAGCUAUGAUCUUUCCAUUUCAGUGGCAGUGCCCGUACAUUCCCCUUUGUCCUCUGUCACUGGCGGCAGUGCUUAGUGCACCUUUACCAUUUAUAGUUGGAGUUGACUCCAGGUAUUUUGAUCUUCAUGACCCACCACAAGAUGUUGUUUGCAUUGACUUGGAUACAAACAUGUUAUAUGUAUCAGAUGAAAAGAAGAACAUGAAUUGGAAGCAGCUUCCCAAAAAGCCAUGCAAAAAUCUGCUUAGUACCUUAAAGAAGUUGUAUCCCCAGCUAUCUUCAGGUGAAUUUCACCGAAAAACUCAGGAAAGUUCAGCAAUUGAGAUGACUCCGAUUGAAGCAGAUUUCUCUUGGCAAAAAAAGAUGACACAACUUGAAAUGGAAAUUCAAGAGGCAUUUUUGCGUUUUAUGGCAUCCAUUUUAAAAGGAUAUAGAACAUAUCUCAGACCGAUCACAGAGGCUCCUUCAAAUAAAGCCACAGCUGUUGAUUCAUUGUUUGACAGACAGGGAUUUUUAAAAAGUCGAGAUCGUGCCUAUACAAAAUUCUACACCAAUUUAUCCAAAACACAGAUUUUUAUUCGUUUCAUUGAAGAAUGUAGUUUUGUAAGUGAUAAAGAUACUGGAUUGGCAUUUUUUGAUGACUGCAUAGAAAAGUUGUUUCCUGAUAAAGGCACAGAGAAAACAGAUAAGGUUGAUUUUGAUUUAGCUGAAGAUACCAAAUUGAUAGAGCUAGAUGAUUCACAGAAAAGUGAGCACACUGUAUUCAUAAUGCCACCAGAGCCACCUCCUGAUGAUGGAAAGGAUCUGUCACCAAAGUACAGUUACAAAUACUUUCCAAGACUGGACCUUAAGCUUUUUGACAGACCACAGGAGUUGAAAUUUUGUUUUAGUAGACACCCUACUGGGAAUAGCAUUACAAACAGUCCAGCUCUCAUGGCUAAGAGAACUAAACAGGAGAUAAAAACGGCUCAUAAGUUGGCGAAGAGAUGUUACACAAAUCCACCACAAUGGGCCAAGUGUCUCUUCAGUCAUUGUUACAGCUUAUGGUUUAUUUGUCUCCCAGCCUAUGUUAGAGUUUCUCAUCCUAAGGUCAGAGCACUUCAGCAGGCAUAUGAUGUACUUAUUAAGAUGAGGAAAACAGAUGUGGAUCCACUAGAUGAGGUGUGCUAUCGAGUAGUAAUGCAGCUUUGUGGACUUUGGGCUCAUCCUGUUUUAGCAGUGAGAGUCUUAUUUGAAAUGAAAACUGCUAAGAUAAAGCCAAAUGCUAUUACUUAUGGUUAUUAUAAUAAGGUAGUUUUGGAGAGCCCGUGGCCUAGCAGUACCCGCAGUGGUAUCUUCUUAUGGAUGAAGGUACGGAAUGUGGUACGUGGCUUGGCACAAUUUAGGCAGCCGCUUAAAAAGACUGUGCAAAAGUCACAGGUCUCCUCAAUAUCAGCUCCUCAGAAUGCGACAGGUGGAAGUGAUGGGGACACGGUGAGCCACGGUAGCGUGGAUAGUUCUAAUGAUGCUAACAAUGGGGAGCACACAGUCUUCGUCAGAGAUUUAAUCAGGCUUGAUUCCACUGAUAAUCACUUUAGCACAGGUGGUCAGUCUGACCAAGGCUAUGGGUCUAAGGAUGAACUUAUAAAGGAUGACGCAGAAAUUCAUAUGCCUGAAGAACAAGUAGCAAGAGAAUUGAUAACUAAAACAAAAGUGCAAACAGAAGAAGUAUGUGAUGUCUCUGCUGUUGUAGCAAAACAGUCACAACCUAGUGCAGAGUCACAGAGUCCUACUGAGCCUCCUGCAUGGGGCAGCAGUAUUGUGAAAGUUCCAUCUGGUAUAUUCGAUCUCAAUGGCAGGAAAAGCAGCACCGGUAGUACAUCAAAUGUGCCAUUUUCUACUCAAGAUCCAGUUGAAGAUGCAGUCUUUGGCGAAGCUACUAAUCCCAAGAAGAAUGGUGAUAGAGGAGAUAAAAGGCAAAAGCAUUUCCCAGAGAGGAGUUGUAGUUUCAGUUCUGAAAGUCGAGCUGGAAUGUUGCUUAAGAAGAGCAGUUUGGAUCUGAAUUCAAGUGAAGUGGCUAUUAUGAUGGGAGCAGAUGCCAAGAUUCUCACAGCCGCACUGGCCUGUCCUAAGACUUCUCCACUCCGUGUUGCGAGCACCCACAGCUUUGAGACUGCUAACAGUUGUCAUCUAGUUGAUACUAGGACUCGUGUGUCUGAAAGCACUUGGGAUUCCGAGCACAGGUCUUCUUCGGUAUUAGAGAUGCUUGAAGAGAGCCAAGAGCUCCUGGAACCUGUGAUUGAGGACAGUGCAGCGAAAACUACUAUGAAAAAGGACACAUGUGACAGUCUCCAGAAUGAUAGUAAUCAGCCCAGAGACUUGAAAGUAGAACCCAAAGAUGUAAUAAAUAAGAGGAGUAGUUUACAUGGUGUUGUUAAAGCUGUUGAGAGGGAGGAUGUUGAAACUGGACUAGAUCCUUUGUCUCUUUUGGCCACUGAAUGUACUGGAGUAAAAUCUCAAGAUUCUGAAGAUAAGAUGUCUUCUCCAGUUAUUGCACGCAAUCUGGCUGAUGAAAUUGAAAGCUAUAUGAACCUAAAGAGUCCUUUGGGUAGCAAGUCUGCUAGUAUGGAAUUACACGGAGAGGGAAGCAGAGAGUCUGGCACCAUCACUGCAUGUAUUCACUCUCUAGAGAGGCGAUCAAGCCUACCUUUAGAGCACGGUCCAGCAGCACAGGAAGUUCCUGAAAGUGAAAAGAGCUCUCCUGCAGAAUCUAGGUCUAAAGCUUUCACUGGGCGUUUCAAGCAGCAGACUCCCUCUCGCGCUCACAAAGAACGUUCACCUUCUCUGUCAGCACUAGUGCGGUCUUCACCACAUGGCUCGUUGGGCUCUGUGGUAAACUCUUUGUCAGGACUAAAGCUAGAUAAUAUACUCUCAGGACCCAAGAUCGAUGUCCUCAAAUCUGGCAUGAAACAAGCAGCUACGGUAGCCAGUAAGAUGUGGGUAGCUGUAGCGUCUGCCUAUAGCUACUCAGAUGAUGAGGAGGAAACUAACAGAGAUUACAGCUUCCCCGCUGGCCUUGAAGACCAUAUUUUGGGGGAGAAUAUGUCACCUAACACGAGUGUCUCAGGGUUGGUUCCCAGCGAACUUACCCAGAGCAACACAAGCCUUGGCAGUAGCAGCAGCAGUGGAGAUGUAGGAAAACUGCAAUACUCAACAGGUGAACCUCCAUUUCCAAGAAGUGUAAAAGGGCAGGACUUUGAAAAAUCAGACCAUGGUUCUUCUCAAAACACCAGCAUGUCUAGCAUCUAUCAGAAUUGUGCAAUGGAGGUUUUGAUGUCAAGUUGUUCACAAUGCAGAGCUUGUGGAGCGUUAGUUUAUGAUGAAGAAAUUAUGGCUGGAUGGACGGCAGAUGAUUCAAAUUUGAAUACAACCUGUCCAUUCUGUAAAAGCAACUUCUUGCCUCUUCUCAAUAUAGAAUUUAAAGACUUGAGAGGCUCUGCAAGCUUUUUCCUGAAACCAAGCACCUCUGGUGACAGUUUACAAAGUGGCAGCAUUCCAUUGGCAAGCGAACCUUCAGAGCACAAACCUGUGUCCGCUUCAGCAGAACCUGACUUGAUCAACUUUAUGGAUUUCCCCAAACAAAACCAGACCAUAACUGAAGAGACAACCUCUGCAAUUGAAUCAAGUGAUGAAAUAAAGAAAGCCGGUGGAGAAGUCCAAACCAUGAAAAUUUCAUCUGUGCCUAAUAGUUUAUCAAAGCGAAAUGUAUCUUUGACGCGAAGUCACAGUGUUGGGGGUCCCUUGCAAAACAUUGACUUUUCCCAGCGACCUUUUCAUGGCAUUUCAACAGUCAGUCUUCCCAACAGUCUGCAGGAAGUUGUGGAUCCUUUAGGAAAAAGACCCAAUCCUCCCCCUGUUUCUGUGCCCUACUUGAGUCCUCUAGUGCUUCGUAAAGAACUUGAAUCUUUGCUAGAAAAUGAAGGUGAUCAAGUGAUUCACACAUCCUCUUUCAUCAAUAAACAUCCAAUCAUUUUCUGGAACCUCGUUUGGUAUUUCAGACGUUUGGACCUUCCUAGUAACUUGCCAGGACUUAUCCUCACAUCUGAACAUUGUAAUGGAGGUGUACAGCUUCCUCUGUCAUCUCUGUCCCAGGAUAGCAAACUUGUGUAUAUUCAGCUAUUAUGGGAUAAUAUCAACCUUCAUCAGGAACCAGGAGAACCUUUGUAUGUCUCAUGGAGGAAUUUUAAUUCUGAAAAGAAAUUGUCUCUCCUGUCAGAGGAACAAGAAGCAACAAGCACUUUAGUAGAAACCAUCAGGCAGAGUAUUCAACAUAAUGAUGUUCUGAAACCCAUCAACCUACUUUCACAGCUAAUAAAGCCAGACAUGAAAAGACAAAGGAGUUUAUACCGAGAAAUCCUCUUCUUAUCAUUAGUGUCUCUUGGAAGAGAGAAUAUUGAUAUUGAGGCUUUCGACAAUGAAUAUGGACUUGCAUACAAUAAUUUGUCUUCAGAGAUUCUUGAGAAGUUACAGAAAAUUGAUGCUCCACCAAGUAUCAGUGUGGAAUGGUGUAGGAAGUGUUUUGGAGCGCCUCUCAUUUAAGUAAGAGGUUCACUAGAUUUUUUGAUGCACAAAGCUUGAGGGUAAAUAGAUUCAGUUGGCAAACAUGUAAGGUUUGUUCCAAAUGCUAACGAUUGAUGAAAGUGAAAUGAAGUUAACUCUUGGGACAGUAUAUAAUGAAAUGUAGCUUAUACUGAAUCCUCUUGCAACAUAAAAAUGCCAUUAAAAUGUCCCAGGGUUCAUGUCUGAAGGUUUGCAACUUCUGAAUGGUUUUAUCUGCCUCCGCUUGAAAACUGUUUUUUGGAUUUCUCAGUGUAUGUAGGUUGAUGAGAAAUAUUAAUUCUUGGCAUUUUGUUUAUAUUUGAAGCUAUUGGGUUUGGGGAAUAGUAGUUUAAUGUAAACUUGCCUAACCCCCAAACAAAUGAAAUCUCAAUUAUAAGAGCAACUAUUUGUGUAUGUGUGUAUAUGUGUGGCUGUGUAGGUAUUUGUAUGUACAGCCAUAUUAUAUUUAUUAAAAUUCUUAGACUGCAUGUUGCAAUACAGUUCUCUGAAAGGGGUCUGCAGCUAUUAAAUGACUACUACUAAACUCCUCUGUAGUCAUUAAUCAAAAUUACCUUAAAGUCUGAUGACAACCGUCUUGCCUCUAUUUCUUCAUCCAUAUUAUGUAUUUUCUUCCUUAAUGGAUUAUCUUGAAUACCCACAUUACUUUUCAUCCUCUUCCCAAUACCAUUAAUUUGCAACAGCUUUAAGAUUGGAAUAAAUGAGCCAAUCAUGUAGUUUAAAUGAAAUUAAAUUAGCCUCAUAAUUUACAAAAUUGGAAUAGGUUUAAAAUGCUCCUCUUUAUUCUUUGGACCUGAAAUUGUUCAGGUACAUGAAUUGUUGCUAUUGGUCACUUUUAAAAACCUGUGGGAUAAACUUGCACUGCACACAGAAAUUUUAUUCUUGUAUAAUAGAUUUCUAUGCUUAUUUUUUGUGCAUUUGUAAAUACUGUUUUUUUAGGAUCGAUCAGUAAGUCUUAAAACAUUAAAGCUUAUUAGGCUUGUUGCCAGUAGGUUCAAGAAAAUCAUGACCUCACAUGCCUGACAUUUAUCAUGCCUUUCAUUAAAAAUGUCCCUUAGGAAUAGUAAUGUUUGCCUUAACUCUGCAUGGUUUAAAAAGCCAAUGGUUGAUAUGUGUGCUUUUAUAGUAAUUAUGCGGAUGACUAGAUCAACUGAUUAAAAAAUUAUUUCCAUUACAAAUCUCCCACCUGGUGUAAUCUUUAAGAACUUGUUACUGUACCAGUCUUCCAACAUUUCAGGGUUAAUCUGACCUAUGCAGAUUUCAUUUCAAUUUAUUGUGAAAGUGCUAAGUGGAAGAACUUGUCAGAAAUUAUGCACAACUCUCAUUACCUUAAAGUGGAUCGUUUGCACUGUCUCAGAGUAUAUAUUUUUGCAAUUUAACACUGCCCCAUCAAGUUUGGAAUUACCUUGCAAAUAAAAACCCCAGGUUGAAUAAAAUGUAAAAUUCUUAAGCUUGCUGUGCUGUUCUGUCACAUCUUCAAAGCUCCUGAAAUGUGGACAAUUCUAACCCUUUUGACUUUUAGAAUUCCAGUACUGUUUAAGCCUUAACUUGAACUAAAUUACCCCAAAAGCACUUCCUACUAAGAAGUGUAAUGAACAUCUCCUUAUACAUUUAAGAUUUGGCCAUAUUUGUACCAAAGUAUGCAUUUUCUAGUAACUUUCUGUAACAUUCUAAAUGACUCAUCCAUUUUACAUUGGAAACCUUAGCCUGCUGCUGUCAAGAAAUAGGGAUCAAUUUACUAAAAGCACAUAAAGGCCUUUUCUAGCACCUACCAUAGAAAGUGGACCACUACAAACUGCAAAGGAAAACCAAAAAACCAGAUAUACAAUUAUUAUCCAUAGAUUUAGAGAUGUUUACAAUGAGUUGUAGCAAUGUAUAAAACGUAAAAGCCUGAGAACUUCUGCAAAUAAUCUUUCAAAUUAGUGCAGAUUGCUUUUUAACAUUACCUAAAUGCUAAACCUUUAACAUAUGGAGUGGACAGUCUGAUACAACUUUAGCUGCAUUUUGUAGGUUAAUUAUAGCAACCCGCUUUGUUAGGGUUAACUGUGUUCAAAGUCUCUUAAUAUUGGGAUAUUCAAUUGUUGCUCUUUUCAUUUUUGGUGCAAACUAGAAAUGCAGGAUACAACAUUCUUAAUGUUGAAAUAUUCUCCAACAUCCUCUUUUAAAAAGUAGUUCUCAAUCUUAAAUCUGCUGGGAUUAAUAAACUAGUCUAACCCAAGUAUUAUCUGUCCACUUUAGUGACUGUACUCCUUAAUAUGAGAAAGCAGGGUGAUGGUUCUCAUGUUUCACACAUUGGAAUCAACCAAGUACUGGUUAAUACAAACUCUGGGCUGUAUACCAGACUUGACUUCUGGCCUUUAUGUGACACCCCCCCCCCCCCCAAGACUGCAGUGUUACUCCUUUUUGGUUUGGGUCAUUUUAAAAUGCUUCAUUUUCCUUUUCUGCCUUUUUAGUUUGACUUCAAUUUACAAAAUAUCAAUUGCCAAUCAAGACUUCCCCUUUUAUGUAACAUUUUAGUACCCUGUAUGAAGAGCAAUGGGGAUCUCACUUUUGCCUAAGAAUCUUCUAUCUGGUCCAGUCUAGGGGAUGGCAUUACUGGUAUUAGCCUGAAACUUGCAAGUAAUGUAGAAUCUCAGGCCCCAAACUUCUGAAUCACUGCACAUUUUGUGAAGCACUGCUCCUCUGUUUAAAAGCAGUUUGAAAAUUUUACUCACCUGUGGUUAAAAAAAAAAUGUAUAAUCCAGCAAAUAAGGAACUCCUGUUCUUCACCCUUAAAGCCUAACGUGCCUUUUAAUGAUCCUUCUAGUCUGUAAAAGGUUGGUUCUAACUGCAAUUACUACAGGAACUAGACAGGCUACAUUAGAAAAAGCAUGCUCCUUUCUCUUUGUGCAUCUUUCAUCGAUGCAAGGAGUGUUUCUUAAAGGCACACUGAAACCAUAAAAAGGAUGAAUAUAACAAUUCACUAGAGGUGAAAAGCUUUUUGUUAAUACAACUUGCACUGGUUUUAAAAGCUUUGUGAACUGUUUUAAAAUGGUAUCCGUUAACUAUGCUUUUAACAAGGUAUCUUUUUUUUUUUUUUUUUACUUACGUAUGACAGAUGUCCAUCUUCAUAAGGGCACUUUUCAUGUAUUAUGUAUAGAUCUUUAAAACUGUAUUCUUCAAAAUAAAGUAUACAAAAGAUUAA